AUGGUCUGCUCGAAAUGCCAGAAAAAGCUUAAAUCUACCGAACUCGCGACCCCGGGCGUAAAACGCAAGAGCGAAAUGUACUACGGCUCGCCCGCGACAAGUGGCGGUUCUAAAUCGACCUUGGGGAGUACUGGUGUUUCGAAGAAUAAACUGUUGAGCUCGAAGGCGAAGAAUCCGUAUGCUGCUUAUGCAUCUUCGUGUGAAUCAUGCAAGACGAAGACGGAGCAGGGGAAGAAGUUUUGUCAGCGGUGUGCUUAUCAGAAGAAUGCCUGUCCGAUGUGUGGAAAGAGUCUGGCUGCAAAGUCUUCCAAGGAGCAGCCGAUUGUCCAAGGGCAAAAGUUCAAUCUGAAGUGA